UAAAGAAUGACAAGAAAAAUAAGCCAACAGCAAAGAAAGAGAAGAAAACUAAGCAAAAUGUAAAGAAAGAGAAGAAAAAUAAGCCAACAGUAAAGAAAGAGAUGAAAAAUAAGCCAACAGUAAAGAAAGAGAAGAAAAAUAAGCCAAUAGUUUCAGUAAAGAAAGAGAAGAAAAAUAAGCCAACAGUAAAGAAAGAGAAGAAAAAUAAGCCAAUAGUAAAAAUAGAGAGGAAAAAUAAGCUAAAAGUGCCUAAAUUAAAAAUACAUAAACCAAGAAUCCCGAAAUUAAAAAUACAUAAACCAAGAAUACAUAAACCAAGACUGCCGAAAUUAAAAAUACAUAAACCAAAAAGUAAAAAAGUAAUUCAAAAAGUAAUUCCAGCAAAACAAAAAGGGAAAAAGGUGAAUCCUGCAAAACCAAAAGGAAAAAAAGUAAUUCCUGCAAAACCAAAAGGGAAAAAAGUGAAACCCACAAAACCAAUAGGGAAGAAAGUAAUUCCUCCAAAGCCUAAAGGGAAAAAAGUAAAACCCGCAAAACCAAUAGGGAAGAAAGUAAUUCCUCCAAAGCCUAAAGGGAAAAAAGUAAAACCCGCAAAACCAAUAGGGAAGAAAGUAAUUCCUCCAAAGCCUAAAGGAAAGAAACAUACGAAAACGAUGCCUAAAGGAAAUAACUAUGCCCUUCGAAAAAAAGCAUCACAGAGUUCAACAUGGCAUCGAAAAUAUGCUGCUUCAAAGGCAGUUGAUGGAGUGGAAAACACGUUUACACACACAAAGAACCAAAAAAAUGCAUAUUGGAGUGUUGAUUUGGGAAAAACUGUCAACGUAAAACAGAUCAAUAUUAUUAACAGAAAAGAUUGCUGUGGUCAUCGACUAAAGAAUAUAGUUGUUACAGUUGGACUAAAUCUUAAUAAGAUGAAACAUUGCAGUUAUUUUAAAGGACCUGGUAAAAAUGGACAAGUCAUAGUGUUAACAUGCAAGACUCCAAUCUCAGGUCGCUAUGUGAAAAUUUUGAGAAGCGGAAAAGGUAUUCUCAGUUUGGCAGAAGUUCAAGUGAUUGGCCAUACAGGGGGGAAAGUAAUUCCUGCAAAACCAAAAGGAAAAAAAGUUAUUCCUGCCCAACCAAAAGGAAAAAAAGUAGUUCCUGCAAAACCAAAAGGGAAAAAAGUAACACCUGCAAAACCAUUAGGGAAAAAAGUAAAACCUGCAAAACUAAUAGGGAAAAAAGUGACAACUUCAAAACCAAAAGGAAAUAACUAUGCCCUUCGAAAAAAAGCAUCACAGAGUUCAACAUGGCAUCCAAAAUAUGCUGCUUCAAAGGCAGUUGAUGGAGUGGAAAACACGUUUACACACACAAAGAACCAAAAAAAUGCAUAUUGGAGUGUUGAUUUGGGGAAAAUUGUCAACGUAAAACAGAUCAAUAUAAUUAACAGAAAAGAUUGCUGUGGUCAUCGACUAAAGAAUAUAGUUGUUACAGUUGGACUUAAUCUUCAUAAGAUGAAACAUUGCAGUAAUUUUAAAGGACCUGGUAAAAAUGGACAAGUCAUAGUGUUAACAUGCAAGACUCCAAUCUCAGGUCGCUAUGUGAAAAUUUUGAGAAGCGGAAAAGGUAUUCUCAGUUUGGCAGAAGUUAAAGUGAUUGGCCAUACAGGGAAAAAAGUAAUUCCUGCAAAACCAAAAGGAAAAAAAGUAAUUCCGGCAAAACCAAAAGGAAAAAAAGUAAUUCCGGCAAAACCAAAAGGGAAAAAAGUAAUUCCUGCAAAACCAAAAGGCCAAGAGUGUAGAAUAAAUCUGUUAGGAACUAAUUAUGGAGGAAGCAUUAGUAAAACCAAAUCGGGUAGAACAUGUCAGGCCUGGGGAUCGCAAACCCCACAAAAACAUAAACUUAGUAAGAAAUUGGCUGACCAGAAGAACUAUUGUCGUAAUCCAGAUAAUAUGCCGCAUGGUCCAUGGUGCUAUACAACUGAUCUCAACAAAAGAUGGGAGUAUUGUGCUAUACCUUAUUGUGAGAAAAAAGUGACACCAGCAAAGCAAAUAAGGAAAAAAGUGAAACCUGCAAAACCAAUAGAGAAAAAAGUAAAACCUGCAAAACCAAUAGAGAAAAAAGUGAAACCUGCAAAACCAAUAGAUAAAAAUGUAAAACCUGCAAAACCAAUAAGAACUAACUAUGCCCUUCAAGGAAAAGCAUCACAGAGUUCAACACAUAGUUCAAGAUUUGCUGCUUCAAAGGCAAUAGAUGGAGAGGAAAACACGUUUACACACACAAAGUGGCAAUAUUAUCCAUAUUGGAGUGUUGAUUUGGGGAAAACUGUCAGCGUAGAGCAGAUAAAAAUUACCAACAGAAAAAACUGCUGUGGCAAACGGCUGCAGAAUAUAGAGGUUACCGUUGGACAAAAUCGUCAUAAGAUGAAACAUUGUAGUAAUUUUAAAGGACCUGGUAAAAAUGGACAACUCGUAGUGUUAUCAUGCAAGACUCCAAUCUCAGGCCGCUAUGUGAAAAUUUUGAAACGCGUAAAGGGAAUUCUCAGUUUGGCAGAAGUUCAAGUGAUAGGCCAUACAGGGAAAAAAGUAAAAACUGCAAAACCAAAAGGGAAAAAAGUCAUACCUGCAAAACCAAAAGGGAAAAAAGCAAUUCCUGUUAAACCAAAAGGGAAAAAAGUAAAAUCUACAAAACCAAAAUGCAAAAAAGUAAUUCUUUCAAGACCUAAAGGGAAAAAAGUAGAACCUGCAAAACCAAAAGGAAUUAACUAUGCCCUACGAAGAAAAGCGUCACAGAGUUCAACAUUUCAUUCAAAAUAUGCUGCUUCACAGGCAGUUGAUGGAGAAGAAAACACGUUUUCAGCAACAAAAAAACAAAACAAUGCAUAUUGGAGUGUUGAUUUGGGGAAAACUGUCAACGUAAAACAGAUUAAUAUUAUUAACAGAAAAGAUUGCUGUGGUCAUAGGCUGCAUAAUAUAGCGGUUACAGUUGGACAAAAUCUCAAUAAAAUGAAACAUUGUAGUAAAUUUAAAGGUCCCGGUAAAAAUGGUCAAGUUAUAGAGUUAACAUGCAAGAGCCCAGUCGCAGGCCGAUAUGUGAAAAUUUUGAGAAGUGGAAAAGGAAUUCUCAGUUUGGCAGAAGUUCAAGUGAUAGGCCAUACAGAGAAAAAAGUAAUUCCUGCAAAACCAAAAGGGAAAAAAGUAGAACCUGCAAAACCAAAAGGAAUUAACUAUGCCCUACGAAGAAAAGCGUCACAGAGUUCAACAUUUCAUUCAAAAUAUACUGCUUCACAGGCAGUUGAUGGAGAAGAAAACACGUUUUCCGCAACAAAAAACCAAAACAAUGCAUAUUGGAGUGUUGACUUGGGGAAAACAGUCAACAUAAAACAGAUAAAUAUCAUUAACAGAAAAGAUUGCUGUGGUCAUCGGCUGCACAAUAUAGCGGUCACAGUUGGACUUAAUCUUCAUAAGAUGAAACAUUGUAGUAAAUUUAAAGGACCUGGUAAAAAUGGACAAGUUAUAGAGUUAACAUGCAAGACUCCAAUCGCAGGCCGCUAUGUGAAAAUUUUGAGAAGUGGAAAAGGAAUUCUCAGUUUGGCAGAAGUUCAAGUGAUAGGCCAUACAAGGAAAAAAUUUAUUCCUGCAAAACCAAAAGGAACUAACUAUGCCCUUCAAGGAAAAGCAUCACAGAGUUCAACACAAAGUUCAAGACAUGCUGCUUCAAAGGCAAUCGAUGGAGUGGAAAACACGUUUACAUACACAAAAUGGCAAUAUUAUCCAUAUUGGAGUGUUGAUUUGGGAAAAACUGUCAGUGUAUCGCAGAUCAAUAUUAUUAACAGAAAAAAUUGCUGUGGCCGACGGCUGCAGAAUAUAGCUAUAGAGGUUACCGUUGGACGAAAUCUUCAUAAGAUGAAACAUUGUAGUAAUUUCAAAGGACCUGGUAAAAAAGUGUUAACAUGCAAGACUCCAAUCUCAGGCCGCUAUGUGAAAAUUUCGAGAAGAGGAAAGGGAAUUCUCAGUUUGGCAGAAGUUCAAGUUCUAGGUCAUACAGAGAAAAAAGUAACACCUGCAAAACCAAAAGGGAAGAAAGUAAAAUCUACAAAACCAAAAGGCAAAAAAGUAAUUAUUUCAAGACCUAAAGCGAAAAAAGUAAUUCCUGCAAAACCAAAUGGAACUAACUAUGCCCUUCAAGGAAAAGCAUCACAGAGUUCAACACAAAGUUCAAGACAUGCUGCUUCAAAGGCAAUCGAUGGAGUGGAAAACACGUUCACAUACACAAAAUGGCAAUAUUAUCCAUAUUGGAGUGUUGAUUUGGGAAAAACUGUCAGUGUAAUGCAGAUCAAUAUUAUUAACAGAAAAAAUUGCUGUGGCCGACGGCUGCAGAAUAUAGCUAUAGAGGUUACCGUUGGACGAAAUCUUCAUAAGAUGAAACAUUGUAGUUAUUUCAAAGGACCUGGUAAAAAAGUGUUAACAUGCAAGACUCCAAUCUCAGGCCGCUAUGUGAAAAUUUCGAGAAGAGGAAAGGGAAUUCUCAGUUUGGCAGAAGUUCAAGUUUUAGGCCAUACAGAGAAAAAAGUAACACCUGCAAAACCAAAAGGGAAAAAAGUAAAAUCUACAAAACCAAAAGGCAAAAAAGUAAUUCUUUCAAGACCUAAAGCGAAAAAAGUAAUUCCUGCAAAACCAAAUGCGAAAAAAGUAAUUCCUGCAAAACCAAAUGGAACUAACUAUGCCCUUCAAGGAAAAGCAUCACAGAGUUCAACACAAAGUUCAAGACAUGCUGCUUCAAAGGCAAUCGAUGGAGUGGAAAACACGUUCACAUACACAAAAUGGCAAUAUUAUCCAUAUUGGAGUGUUGAUUUGGGAAAAACUGUCAGUGUAAUGCAGAUCAAUAUUAUUAACAGAAAAAAUUGCUGUGGCCGACGGCUGCAGAAUAUAGCUAUAGAGGUUACCGUUGGACGAAAUCUUCAUAAGAUGAAACAUUGUAGUUAUUUCAAAGGACCUGGUAAAAAAGUGUUAACAUGCAAGACUCCAAUCUCAGGCCGCUAUGUGAAAAUUUCGAGAAGAGGAAAGGGAAUUCUCAGUUUGGCAGAAGUUCAAGUUUUAGGCCAUACAGAGAAAAAAGUAACACCUGCAAAACCAAAAGGGAAGAAAGUAAAAUCUACAAAACCAAAAGGCAAAAAAGUAAUUAUUUCAAGACCUAAAGCGAAAAAAGUAAUUCCUGCAAAACCAAAUGGAACUAACUAUGCCCUUCAAGGAAAAGCAUCACAGAGUUCAACACAAAGUUCAAGACAUGCUGCUUCAAAGGCAAUCGAUGGAGUGGAAAACACGUUCACAUACACAAAAUGGCAAUAUUAUCCAUAUUGGAGUGUUGAUUUGGGAAAAACUGUCAGUGUAAUGCAGAUCAAUAUAAUAAACAGAAAAAAUUGCUGUGGCCGACGGCUGCAGAAUAUAGCUAUAGAGGUUACCGUUGGACGAAAUCUUCAUAAGAUGAAACAUUGUAGUUAUUUCAAAGGACCUGGUAAAAAAGUGUUAACAUGCAAGACUCCAAUCUCAGGCCGCUAUGUGAAAAUUUCGAGAAGAGGAAAGGGAAUUCUCAGUUUGGCAGAAGUUCAAGUUCUAGGCCAUACAGGGAAAGAGAUAAGAAGAACAAAGCGUAAUGUGCAAGAGUUAAAGAGAGCAAAGAGGUCUGCAGAUGACGAUUUGUUAUUGGGCGAAGACUUGGCACUUGGUCUAGGAGCAAAACAAAGCUCAUGGGCUAAACAUGUCCGAUAUGGGGAUUUUAAUGGCGUGGAUGGAAAUACUGACACCAUAGUUGAAACUAAGCGGGAACAAAAUCCAUAUUGGACUAUACAGUUGCCAAAGGAAGAGAAAAUCAAAGGAGUGGUAUUCAUCAACAGAGUAGAUUGUUGUGGCGAAAGAUUUAAUAAUAUACAAGUAAUGAUUGGGGGGAAAGAAUGUGCAACUUUCAAAGGACCAGGAGAAAACGGCGAAAUAAUUUCAUUAAGAUGUAGCCAUCCGUUAACCGGGAAGAAAGUGGAAGUACUUUUAAAAGGAAACGGAAUUCUGUCUUUUGCCGAGAUUAGAAUUAUUGCUGCUGAAGAUGCUGAUACUGAAGAGAUACUUGAUAAAGCUUUUAAGAAAAAUUUGAAGCCAGACGAUUUCUAUGCAGUUUUAGAAAAGGAUGUUAAACCAAGUGAAAGAAAAGAAGAUCAGACUAUCGGUUUAAAGAAAGUUGCGCUAAGAGCUGAUGGAUACACCACUGAACAAAUUUCAAGUCUAGAAGGUUAUACAACAGACGAAAAGGGAGUUGAUGGCAAAAUCCAUACUUUUGUUCACACUAAAAAACAUUUAGAUCCUUGGUGGAUUGUGGACCUCACCAAGAGCUACAAGGUCAAGAAAAUCAAAGUACUUACUAGAACCACAAAGCGCGCGGGUGGCGUUUUAUUCAAACAGGUAACAGCUUUUGUUGGACCUGAUAAGGAAAAUAUGAAAGCAUGUGGCUCUUUUAAAGGACCAGCAAAAGAAUCACAAUUGAUAACUUUUAAUUGUAAAAGGCCAGUCAACGGAAGAUAUGUCAAGCUGCAGAUGAAAGGCUUUCAUUAUUUGAUUUUUGCUGAGGUUCAAGUUUAUGCUAUUUAUUAAAAUUGAAAUGUA